UACAUCAUGACCAGGUCAAACUUCCAAAGUCUAAAAGUCCAAACCACGUUUUUGUCUUACUAAAAUAGGCAAAACAUGAAACAUUUUCUGCUAAUCAGUAGAUCAUGAACCAUGGUCCUUCCCAUCAUUCUCCUCUCCCUCUUCACAUCUCUCUCCCUCUCCAACGAAUUCACCGCUGCGCUUGACACGCUAUCCCUGAACCAGACACUCUCAGACGCUACCGGUGAAAUGCUGGUUUCCGCGGAUGAAUCCUUCGAGUUAGGCUUCUUCUCUCCACCCAACUCUGGAAACCGUUACAUCGGAAUUUGGUUCAAGCAGGUCUCACUACAAACGCCCAUUUGGGUAGCAAACAAAGACAACCCAGUAACAGAUACGUCUGGUGUCCUCACAAUAAGCCCCACUGGCAACAUAAUCAUCACUUCCAACCAAACAAAUCUCAUUUGGUCCUCAAACUCAACAAUGUUAUCAGCCAGUCCUGUUUUGCAACUACUAGACAUUGGAAACCUUGUUGUGGUCAAUAGCAAUACAGGGAGUUAUUUAUGGCAAAGCUUCGAUCACCCGUGCGAUACGUUAGUACCCGGUAUGAAACUGGGAUGGGAUAUUUCCAAAAACCAAGAGUGGUACAUAACGUCGUGGAAUAGUUUGCAAGAACCAUCCACAGGCGAUUAUACGUACAGGGUGGACCCCUGGGGCCUCCCCCAACUAGUACUUCGCCGAGGAUCAACGAUCUCUUACCGAAGUGGACCAUGGGAUGGUGUUCGCUUCGGUGGAGGUCCUCCACUAACUCCACUAAAAGAGAAUACCAUCUUUCGUCCUACUUUCGUAUACAACACAACUUUUGUCUACUACUCGUUUGUUAACAUUGAUGAUACUAUCAUUUCAAGGUUUGUGGUGAACCAAACAGGAUUACUUGAGCACCUCACAUGGAACCAGGGGAGCGGCGGGUGGGUAGAUAUAGUAACACUACCAGCGGAUUCAUGUGAUACGUAUGAUCUUUGUGGACCUUAUGCGAUUUGCAACAUAAACGAAAUACCAAUUGCAAUUUGUCAUUGCAUGGAUGGGUUUGUGCCCAAAGUUCCAGUGGAGUGGAAUAAGUUGGAUUGGUCAGGUGGGUGUGUGGCAAAGACAGAGUUGAAUUGUACGGUGGCCGCGGGGUUUAGGAGGUUUUCCAGGCUGAAAUUGCCGGACACGUCCUACUUUUUGGUGAAUAGGACAGAGAUAAGUCGGGUGGAUUGCGAAGAGGCUUGUUUGAAGAAUUGUUCUUGUUUGGGUUUUGCUCAAACUGAUAUUAGUGGGUGUGUGGUUUGGUCUGGGGAGUUGCUUGAUAUGAGAGAGUAUCAUGAAGGCGGAAAGGAUUUGUACGUUCGGCUGGCUGCUUCUGAGCUCGGUAAGUUCUUCACAAUGAGCAGUAUUACGGACAUAGAUUGCGACACACAGAUUUAUCCAGAUCUGUUUGAUGCACGUGGGUCCCACACGAUGCACUUGGCCCUUGAAAGUAGUAUGUCAUUGAUGUCUUUGGCCUACCAUAGUGAUAACACCAAUCUUUGCACCAUAAAUUCUCUGAAUAUCUGUCGGACUUUACAAAGACUGGAGACUGGAAGCCAACAGGUCCAAGAAAACAACCGAAGUACCGCAGAGGAGGACCUAGAACUACCUUUAUUUGAUUUGGCCACCAUUUCAAGAGCCACUGAUAAUUUCUCCUAUGAAAAUAAGAUUGGAGAAGGUGGAUUUGGUCCCGUUUAUAAGGGUCAACUCUCAAGUGGACAACAAGUAGCGGUGAAGAGACUCGCCAAGACUUCGGGGCAAGGCGUCAAAGAGUUCAAGAAUGAGGUUAUCUUCAUUGCGAAGCUACAACAUCGGAAUCUGGUCAGGCUAUUGGGAUGUUGCAUUCAUGAAGAAGAACGGAUGUUGAUAUAUGAGAACAUGCAAAAAAGAAGUUUAGAGUUACACAUAUUCAAUCAAACAAGAGGUAGAUCACUGGAUUGGCAAAAACGCUUUGACAUUAUAGUGGGGAUUGCUCGAGGACUUCUCUAUCUCCAUCGUGAUUCAAGAUUGAGAAUAAUUCAUAGGGAUCUGAAAGCUAGCAACAUUUUGUUGGACGACGACAUGAAUCCUAAAAUUUCAGACUUUGGAUUGGCGAGAAUGUUUGGAGAUGAUCAGUCUGAAGAAAAUACAAAUAGGGUUCUUGGAACUUAUGGAUAUAUGUCUCCAGAAUAUGCCAUAAACGGGCUCUUCUCUGUCAAAUCUGAUGUUUUUAGCUUCGGUGUAUUGGUUUUGGAGAUUGUGAGUGGAAAGAAGAACAGAGGAUUUUACCAUCCCGAUCAUGACCUCAACCUUUUGGGACACGCAUGGAAACUAUGGAACGAAGGAAAACCCAUGAAUCUAGUAGAUGCUUUGAUGGAGAGUCUGAUUCCCACACCAGAAGUUGUAAAAUGUAUCCAAAUGGCCCUUUUGUGUGUGCAAGAUCGUCCUGAAGACAGACCGCCAAUGUCAGUUGUUUUGCUAAUCUUAGAUAGUGAAAAUGCAAUCCUUCCACCUCCUAAACAACCUGGGUUUUACACAGAAAGGUUUACUCUCGAGAUGGAUUUUUUGACAACUGGUAUAUAUCCUCUCGCUUCAAAUGAAGUAACAAUGUCAGUACUUCAUGGUAGAUAG